UUACGCCAGAGCCGCUCUCAAGCAUCAGAGUGGAGAGACGCUCCAAAGAGAAGCUCCAGAGAGAGAGAGAGAGGGAGAGACGCCGCACCGACGACACUCGGACAUAAAGCGCGCGGAUCCACGCGGAGAACACACGCCGAGCCACUCGCAGCACCGUGCAAAGGGGGAAAAACUCGAGAGCAAUGCAGCCGCCGUACGGACACCUGCUCAGCCUGCUGUUAGUCAGCAGUCUGCAGCUUCACCAGCUCGCCGAGGGCUGCUCGUGCGCCCUGACGCACCCCCAAGACGCCUACUGCAACUCCGACAUAGUCAUUCGUGCUAAAGUGGUGGGCAAGAAGCUACUGAGGGACGGACCUUUCGGAACCAUGCGCUACGCCGUCAAGCAAAUGAAGAUGUACAAAGGAUUUGAAAAGAUCCAACACGUGCAGCAUAUUUACACGGACGCCUCGGAGAGCCUGUGCGGCGUCAAGUUUGACAUCAACAAGUAUCAGUACCUCAUCACAGGGCGGGUGUACGACGGCAAGGUGUACACGGGAUUGUGCAACUUCAACGAGCGGUGGGAGCGCCUCUCCUUGGCUCAGAAGAAAGGCAUCAACCAUCGCUACCAGCUGGGCUGCAACUGCAGGAUCAAGCCGUGUCACUACCUGCCCUGCUUCGUGACCUCCAAGACCGAGUGCUUAUGGACGGACAUGUUGUCCCACUUUGGCUAUCCGGGCUACCAGUCCCGACACUACGCCUGCAUCCAGCAGAAGGAGGGCUACUGCAGCUGGUAUCGGGGCAUGAACGCCCGCGAGAAAACGGUCGUCAACACAACUGACCCCUGAAUCCCCCCCCCGAGCUUCAACAAGUCCCGCACUAAGGACAAAAAAACAGACGGCCAAUCCAUUACAGUGCCAAUGUCUGAUCUCGAAACAAAUUAGAAGGCAGAAAUUUAUGUCGGGCCACGGAUGAAAUCAGAAAAUGCUCAAAUUUAAAAAAGAAAAAAAAUGCCUGUUACAGUGCGGACGAACGGAAAAGCUACGCGUUGCCCAGAGACGGUGAGAUUUUAUUUUUUAUUGUACAUAAGCUACAGAAAUGAAUUAUCAACUAAACUGAAACCUUUUCAAAACAUGUAUUUAUCUGGAUCAGAUGGUAGAUUUGCUGUGGAUGUAUAUACUAUAUAUAUAUAUAUAUUAUAUUAUAUUAAACAAAACAAAAACAACCAAGUGUCCUAAAUGAAGGACCAGCUUUUUCAAGUUGAAUAUCGUGUUGUUGUUUUUUCGCAAGCGUGAUCAUAAUUUACAAACCAAUCAACAAUAUGCGGAGGUUUCCGAGUUUUUUCACAUCGAUUUUCAGAACUAUUUCAUACCAACACAUCCAGUAUGUAAACGUAACAAUAUGGGUCACUGAGUUCUUUCUUCCUUGACUGCUUUUUCUUAUUUUUCUUUCCAGAACAGUAUCUUCAGUUCAUUCCAUGAAAUCGAUAGACACGCGAUUGCUUCGGGAUUGAAAAAAAAUUGCUUUGGCCUGGUUGCCAAAGAUUUGCUCAUUUUACUAGAAAUAUAAAACCGAGGCUUUUUCCAUCAUUGCGCAACGCCCGAUUAUCCCAACUAAUUCAAUUCAACGCCGAUUAAUCGGUGAUGGUGUUUUUUCUUCGACUGAGGUGUUUGUUUUGUCCCGUUCUGUGGUUCACUUUUGUGUAAAUAUACUGUCUCAAGUUUGAUCCUUAUAAAAAAAGAAAAAAAAAAUGCAAUCAAGGAAAUUGUGUACAGUCAAUGUGUAAAACGCUGUUUCCUGAAGUAUGGCUAUUUUAUAUUUUUAUAAUAAAGAUUGAAUGAAUAUGA